AUGGUUACUAAUAAUAGAGGCAGAAUGGAAGACGUCUCUGAUACAAGGAAGGAUACAUCUGAUCUAUCAUCGUCUGAUAAUCCAGACGGUGAUUCAAGAAGAUUUACGCACGAUAAUCCCAAUUUAUCGGGUGACACACAUGUUAAAACUGACGUCAGUAGAGAUUUUGAGGCAAAUUCAACUUCAAAGGUAGCCAAACGCAACAUGAAGAGUACCAAGAAGAAAGGACCAAAGAGGAAACCAGGGAGGCCACCCGGUAGUCUAAACCGAUCAACCAUUGCUAGAAUGAAAGCAGAGGAGGAAGCCAUUGCUUUGUUUAUGAGCUCCGACCCGGAUGCUCCACCAUUUAGAUCAACAGGUGUAUCCCUGGGUGACCCCAAGCACGGCAUCUCAAAGCAUGAAGUUCACGAUCCAGUGUCUACUACCAGUACCACGAACGUCAUUCAUGGCCCUUUAAGACGUGACUUACAAAGUAAUCACCUGUAUUCUCAACCUCAACAUCCUUCUCCACAGCAGCCUCCUCAUCACCAAUUUCAUUAUUUUUCUCAACCUUACCACCAACCACCACAAGUUCAAAUGCCUCAAAACAAUACAUCUACUUCAGAACUACACAGAGCACCUAUCGUACCCCUUCCUAGGGUUACCAAUCAGUUCCAAUAUACUGAAAAUGUAGACCCUUCUUCAGAAGCUGCUUCUUUCUACCAAACACUGCCUCCUCAGGGAAUGGUAUUUGAUCCGUCAGCAUCCGCUAUCGUCCCAGUAUACUAUCAACAACCAAUUGCUCCACUAAACCAUCCACAGUCUGUUCAUCAAUCAUUUCAAGAUCAAAAGCAACCAGAAUAUACGCUCCCUUUUAUAAGGAACGGUCCAACUGAACAUCAAGUACAAGAGCAAAACACAAAUGAAAGCUUUCCUUCAAAACAAAUGCCAAGGAACAGCACAUUUGGAAGUAAUCACUCUUCCUCAUUAUAUGCACCUGAUAGGCAGCUUUAUGGAGUGCCACUAAAUCGGAUUGCUCCUGCUGUUUACUCAUCUUCACAACUACCAUAUUAUCAUCAUCAAUCACAGCCACAGCCGCAAGCGCAACUCCAACCCCAACCCUCACAAAUGGCAAUUUCUCCAAUAUUGCAACAACGUCGCAAAACUUUACUACAGCAAGAUGAUGCUUCCAAUGAAUUAAGUGGAAUCAAAAAUAGUGGAAAUGAUAAAAUUGAAAAGGCUGAAUAUGAGAAUCAAAGAAAUGAAGAUGCUGCAAGAGACACAAAAUUGAAAAGCUAUACUCAAAGAUUAGAGUUUGAGAACAAUAGCAAGAACACUGACAACAGUGAAGGGGAAAGAAAGCUUUCAGUAAAUUCAACUUUGGGUCAACCUACUACCGCCUCUUAUCAACCACUAACAUACCAAACAUCGCUACCAAGUGUGCAACCUCUUGUUAAAUUACACAACCCUACACGGCCUACGAGGACAGCAACAUCAUCAUCAUUCUCUUCGGGAUCAACUAAUAGCAUAAAUACAUAUCAACAGACAGGCUAUUCACAACCAUCGCCUCCUCAUUCCAAUAUAGCACAGUAUAAACCGAGGUCGGGAUCGGGUUUAGAAGCAGGGUUUCUGAAAUACCAACAUCAAAACCCACCGUCUCAGUUAGGAACAACUACACCUUCACAGCCAUAUUUUGCAUCCCAACUAGCGGCAACUCAUCAAAAUCAACAACCAUUCACUGCAUUUGCUCAUUGCACGCGUAUUUCUGGUAGCUUUCCGUCCCCGUAUGUUGUAUUUCCAGGACCGCAAUCACGUGAAAACACGGCGAUCAAUCCGGAAAAUGGAAGCAGCAUAUUACCUGGUGAGUCCCCUACAACUAAUGAUCACCUAGAGCCAAAAAACUCAGCCAAUGAAGCUAACAUUAAUGAAAGUAAACAUGACAUUGAAAAUGGCAGCAAUUAUGAACGAGUUGAUCGGACCUGGAACGAUUAA